AUGGGUGUUAAAGAGCCUACAGUAUUUUUACUACUCCCAUUAUCUGGAUGUUAUAGGGUUGUCACCUAUCUGAAGGGAAACCGGGAGGAGUCAGCGAGAAGUGUGCCCCUCCUCUUUGUGGCCUCUCCAUCAGCCAAAGAUCCCACCUGGGAGGAACGAUCACCAGGCAAGUCCACCUUGAGUCUGGUGAGCUUUGCUAACUAUGAGUGGUUUGAGGAGUGGAAGGAUGACAAGGUGACCAACAGAGGGACUGAUUACAAUGAGCUGAAGCAGAUCUUCUGUGACUCGAUUCUGGAGGUGGUGAUGAGCGUCUUCCCCAAGAUUACCAGGGACAAGGUUGAGUUCAUCGAGGCUGGAACACCCAUAACAAACACGCACUACAUUGGAGCCCCUAAAGGGGAGAUCUACGGAGCAGACCAUGGCACAGCUCGUUUCAGCGCUGAGUGCAGUGCCACCGUGAGGCCCCAGACACCCCUGAAGAACCUCUACCUCACAGGUCAGGACGUGUUUGUGUGUGGCUUUGCUGGUGCGCUGGCUGGGGCUCUCACCUGUGGUUCUGUCAUCCUCAACCGUAACCUGCACCUGGAUACCAUUGCUCUGGCCAAGAAGACCAAACGUGUUGACACUAAGAAGUUGGAGUAAAACAAGACUGACCACCUCCCUCAACCCGUUGUGGCUUCGGGUGAAGUUUCCCUUAGGUACAGAUCUAGGAUAAACUUCCCCUCCCCCAAUCCACAUUAAUGGGGAAACUGACCCAAGAUCACCAUCUAGGGGCAACUUCACCCAGCUCACUGAAAGCUUUAAUAACACAAGUCCAGGGGACAGGCUUCGAUCUCUGGUCCUACAGUCAACACGGUUACUGCGUGUUUGCGGGUGUGACUAUUCUAAUCAAUGAGUGAAGAGAACUCUGCUCUCUCUCACUGUUGAGGGAAAACACAUUUGAAAGUCUAGGAAUCUUUCUGUGGAUGCUAUCUGCAUCAGAUCUGUGAAAUGAAGUUUACAACCAAUCGACCUUUGAAAAUGAUAGCCCAGGGAUAGAUAGCUUUUUUUUCCAAUUGUGUUUUCAUAAAUCAAGUGUGCAGAUGGAUGUGAUUUAAUACUAAAUAUUUUCACUCUUAAUAUAUUGAGAACAAGUGUUGGGUGGAGUAGAUUAAGUUACCAAUACUUUUGAUACCAGUACCAAUAACUACUGCAAACAUGUUAAUAAUUUAUCAGUACUCAAUAUACUGUGGAUGGAUAACAGUGGCUUCUGUCUGAGUUUUCAGACGGUCUUCCAACCAGCUAUGCUAAAUUCACCUAUGCAAUAAUGUAGGGUGAAAAAAAGCCAUAACACAAAAUUGUGAACCAGGUUUAAAAGCGCUAUGCUGUAACACUAACCACUGUAAAUGUCUAUUGCCUCCAUUUGAACACAGAUGUAAAGACUGGAUUGUUUUGAAUGAACGAACAUGCCUUGAGUUAUUAAACAUUGAAUACAAAAAUA